AUGGUUCACUACUCUUUUAAGGGUGUAGUGUCUUCGCUGCUGUUGGCUACCGGCCACGCUGCGGUGCUCGCCCCGACCAACGAUAUUGUAUUCCCGUCGGGUGAUACGGUUCAGAAUCCGCUUCAGUACUCUGGCGGAAAUACUCCAUAUUUUGCUGGUCCUGAUGUCAACGGUGUUGAUAACAGUGUGCCUGACAAGUGUACCGUUCAGCAGGCUGCCUAUAUUGUGAGACAUGGAAGCAGAUUCCCCGAUACUGGUUCCUAUAACUCCUGGGUCGGUAUUCAAGAGAAGAUUCAAACUGCCGUCAAAGGAGAUGGCUUUGAUGCUCGUGGAUCGCUGUCUUUCAUCUCUGAUUGGAGCCCGGUGUUGACCAACCCGACAUUGCAAAUUGCGUCGGAAUCUAUGACUGGCUGGAAGGAGGCCACUGAUCUUGGUUAUCAACUCAGGGCUCGCUAUCCUGAUUUCUACCAGGAUGGUAACCCCUUCUACGUAUGGGCCAAUCAGUACAAAUCUCCCAUCAAUGAGUCUCGAGUCGUUCAGACAGCUCGUGCCUUUGUUAAUGGUUAUCUGUACGAAUUUGCCGAUACCUACGGCUCGGUGGUCAGUGUGAAUUCCACUGGCUCUGUCAGUGCCAUCGGUAACUCCCUUGGGCCAUCUGACUCCUGCCCACUUUUUGCGUCCACUUCCAGCGGGGGAAGUAAUGUUACAGACUGGGAUGCAACUUGGGCACCACAAGCCCUGAAGCGGCUCAACUCAUUGGUUAGCGGCAACCUGACAUUCGACGAGACCGACAUCCUCUUCUUCCCAUAUAUGUGUGGAUAUGAAAGUCAGAUCACUGGUAAUCUCAGUCCCUGGUGCAACGUGUUCACCGAGGACGAGCUACGCAACUACGCAUACUCGCAAGAUCUGAGCUACUAUUACGAUGUUGGUCCUGGCUCCGAUGGGCCCGCCAGUAUUCUUUUCUUGCCUUUCCUUAACAGCCUGGUGGACUUGCUCGCUGAGGGUCCUGGUCAGACUGGUACCGGUGCCGAUGGUGAGAGCUUCACGGUUCCCAACCUGAUCAUGGCAUUCUUGAACGACAAUCAGAUUGCCGAGAUGACUGCUGCUAUGGGCAUUUUCGAUCAUGAGGCUGCUCUUCCUGAUACCCAUAUCCCUGCCAACCAUCUGUAUAAUGUGGCCCACUUUAUCACCAUGCGCGGUACUGUUGCCUUUGAGGCCCUGAACUGUGAGGUUGAGUCCGGACACAAGUCUUCAAACGAGACUUAUCUCCGGGUGUUGUUCAACGAUGCUGUCUACCCGAUUGCCAGUUGCCAAAAUGGACCGGGUAAGAGCUGUCUCUUAUCCGAGUAUGCCACUUUAAUCGAGAAGAAGAACAAGGCUGCUGGUAAUUUCAUUGAUUACUGCAAUGUGACCGAGACGGGCCACCCUGCCACGGUUGCGGGAGCCAGUUUCUUUACUGAUCUCUCAUUGGACUUUUUGACCUUUGUCAAGCCUUGA